AUGUUUCCUAUCUUUAACAUACACAAUGUUCUUUUACUCGUGCUAUUCAUAAUUUCAGCAUUAAUCUUCGAUAACUUUCGUCAUGUCAACUUAGAAGUAAUCAAAAGUUUUCUUUUGGAAAAUAUUCAAUACAUUUUUAUCUUCGUAUGCCAAUUUAUUCUUUGGUACAAAACUGGAAAAACAGAAAAAGCUAUCUCAGCUCUUAGUGAUGACAUUUAUAAAUUACAUAAAACAUUCCAAACUGAAACCGAAAAAAAAGAAAAAGCUAUAUCAGCUCUUAGUGAUGAUAUAUAUAGAACACUUGAAACUGAGAUUAAAAAAAUCAAAACUGAUAUAUUAACUCUUGGUGAAACUUUCAAAACUGAUGCUAAAAAAGCCGAAAAAGAUAUAUCGAUUUUCAAGGAUGACGUUAGUAAAAUGUGUGAAACUUCUCAAAAUGAAACUAAAAAAAUCGAAAAAGAAAUAAAAAACGAAAUUAAACAAAUACGUGAAACUUUCCAAAUUAAAAUUAAAACAAUUGAAAAAUACAUAUCAAUCCUUAACGUUAAUAUUAAUCAAAUACGUGAAACUUUUCAAACUGGAACUAAAAAAUUCGAAAAAGAUAUAUCAGCUCUUAAAAAUGACAUUAGUAAAAUACGAGAAUCUGGACAGAAGCAUUCUUCUCAAGCAGGUUCAAAUCUGUCUUUAACCACAAAUCGUAUAAGCACAAUACAAAAUUCAGGAUAUUCUGAUACAGAAACGCUUCGAAGUGACUUUAUUGCUCUUGUUGAUCAAAGAAGCAAAAGGGAAACAAGAGGAUACUUUACUCCAAUGCUUCAUGCUUUAACUGAAGAGAUUAGUCUAAGCUUUUCCU